UUGUAAAUAAAGUCGGUUUGAACAAGUCACAGCAUCUCACCGUUCAAAAUGAAAUCUAAAUCUUGAUCAUGCGUUUGUUAUUGGUCGUGAUUUCGAUCUGUUAAAUGGAUGUUGUGCAAGAUAUGUGAAGGUGCUCUACCAUCAGUUUCUAGAUCUAUAGCUGUGCAAAUUGACUUGUGUACAAGGCUAUCAAGAUUCAGAACUUGAAAGUAUGCGCUCACACUACUGAUGAUGGUGAAGAAAGGGGUAACACAUGGAAAAGAGUCAAAGGUUGUAAAAGCUAAGCUGACUGCAAGUGGCCGCAAACCGAAUGAAAAUGGACGAAUAUCGAAAAGGUCGGCCAGCACUUCCCAAGUGGCAGCAGCAUCUAGGAGCCAGCGGCCGCCACGUUCUACUGCUGGGUUCUCUCUCUACUCCUCGGACUCAGAGCUGGAGGAGAAAGGCCUCGUCAGGACAUCAUCAAAAUCCAAGUCUGCUAGUGGAGAGGCAGUGAAGAAAGCAGGUCCUUUGUCUAAGACGCACAUUUCUGGAGGGGAAGAUGUGGUGUCCCAGAUGCAAGUGGUGGAAGAUAGGGUUGCCGCAGGGCAGGCAGCCGAUGGCAUCAUUAUUCCCACUGCAGGAAUAGACAGUCCACUUGAGAGAAGCUAUCUGAGGGAUGAAGAGCUGUUUGAGGUGAGCACACCAUUCAACAAGAGGCUGAUCUCUUCCACCCCGGAUCCCGAGCGACUGGCGGAGGCAGAGCUGAUGGAACAGGAGGAGAGAAGUCUGCGCGUCCGGUCGCAGUCACAGGGGGCGUGGCAGCACGAGAACCCAGGUUUACAGUUGAGUCAGCGGGCGGAGCUCCCCCCUCAGAUGAUUCCAGAGAGGGACACCGGUCAAGCAGCCAGUGCGUCUGCCAAAGAGAAAAACUUCGACGGAGCUGUUGCUACUGAUGCUUCUCCACGAGGCACUGUUGGGGUUGUAGAUAAAUCGGAGCGGUUGGGUGAUGCUGCAAAAAGUGGCAGAGUUGUCCCUUUGAUGGGAUUGGUGUCCCAGAUGCUACCGGAUGGUCUCACCUCUGAGUUGUACGACAGACUGAGGCAGCAGCGACAACAGCAUCAGGCCUCCCGCUCUGAUGCAGAAAACUCAGCCCACGGUCUCUGGGAACAGCAGCUGCAUAUGUACAGAAAAGAGAAUUCGAACUCGGUGACUCAAGGCAGCAGUUUGGUUUCUGAUGCCAAAUCAGGACAAGUCUCCUUUCUAAAAGUGGAAGGUGGUGCUAAAGACUCUUUGAAUCUCGUGGCGGAUAGGUUUGUUGACCCGAGUAUCCGAGCUGAGUGGGUGAUGGAGGUCAGUGAUUCUUCUGGACAGAGCAGCAAUGCUUCGUCAACCUCCGUUCAAAGUGCCAAUCUGUAUCAGCAUUCUAAAGGAGAAAGAAGUUGGGAUAUUCUGAAGAUGAAUUCGGCUUCAGAUAUCAGGACAGUAAAAACAUUUGGUCAACCACAGCGACAUGAGAGCUCAAUUGUUAAGCAGAAAAUGGCCCUUGAUAACUCAAGAAGUGCUAAAUCGUCUCCUAGGCCACUGACAAAAGAGAUUCAGAGAUCAUCUCAAAGAAAUACAUCGUCCAGGAGUUCAGUUCAAUCUACAACUGAGCAGACAGGAGGAAAAUCAAAAAGUAAAGUAACAGGAAAGCCUCAGACAGCAUCAGCGAGCACGCCUGACACGUCCAGUAAUUCAGCUCCUCUCCAGAAGUCAAACAGCCAAAGUCGGAAAGCGAUAUUGCAGAAAUCCAGACCUCCUCAGAGCAAUGCAGUGCUAAAGGUUAGUGGGUCAAAAGUGAGACCCCCUGAAAGGCAGGUAGAUCCUAGAGGAGAAGAUGUUCCCCCAAGCUGUAGCCCGUCAGAGGUCGACUCGGUCUACCAUUCUGCAAGUCACCACACUGCCUCACCCCACAGUAAGGCGAGUGACAAAGGACUUCAUGUGUCCGCCUUUAAGCCAAUCUCUUCGGAGGACACAGCUGUUGGGAGUUCAGUUCAGAAAUUUCAAGAAGACAUUAUUCCACCAUUCAAUUUGUCUGCUGAUACCUGCGAUGAAGAAGUUAGUAGAGCCAUAAGUAAAGGUGAAGUUAAUUGUGAGAUGCAAAAUCAGCAGGUCAAUGGUCAUUUGGCGACCCCUGCAAGGUCAGACACUUCUUCCUCUGAUGGGAACAAUUUGAGCCAAGUCAUUGAGCUUCUCAAGACAGAGGCUUUUGCUGUGAGAAAAGACCGUGGUCCUGUAGCGCAAGUCACAGAUGAUGAUGAACGGGCAGAGUCUGCAGGAAAAUGUGAGAGGGACCAGGCAGAAGACACUGGGCGGGGCGGAGCUAGUAGUGAGGAGGAUAGAGACAGCGGCAUGGCAAGCAAUCUGCAAAGUCCAGGAAGAAAAUUACAAGCCACGAGAGAAAAGGAAGUCCCCAGGCCUGAAGAGAAAACGGAUUAUUGUUUAAACGAAAGUGCAGAAAACUACAAACUUCAUUCCGUUACAAACGCGGACGAUGCUUCGGGAGCACAGCAGAAGUCUAAUUCAGCAUCUGGGGAUCCUGGUGAUCAAGGUGGAAAUGAGAAUAAUAACAACCGGAAAGAGAGUGAAAAUGAUGUAAAUCAGAACUGUAAUGAUGAUCCGUCCUUGACGCCCCAGAGGCCUCGAAACCUGGAGUAUCUGGAUAAGAUGGCUGACCCCUACUUGAGAGACGUUGCCUGCAGACUGGCUUUUAAAGCAGCGGCUAUUCGUGAUGUGGAGCUGAGGGACUUAAUAGACGACAUGAUUUUCCACACGGAUGCAGCCCUUGCACACGAAGAUGCUCGCUUUCAUUCCUCUCAGAUGUUCUUUGCUGAGGAGAACAGUAAGCUAAAGAAGCGUGUGCACAAUGUGAAUCGUCAGCUAGAAGCGAAAGAAAGGCAGGAGAGGAUGGGAGGAAACAUCUUGGGAACGUCCAACAAUGAUGUACUACACUUGGAGAGAAAGUGCAUGUACCUGCAGCAAGAGAAGGACCGACUGGACAGUCAAGUGACCAACCUACUGCAGGAGAAGGCUCAGUGGCUCAUGACUCAACAGGAUUUGGUCAGAACUAUCAGCAUGAAGGAUCAUGAAAUUUUGAAACUGGAAGAGAAGCAGCAGGCUGAGAGGAUGCGUCUGCAUCAGGCUCUGGACCAGGCCACCAAGAACUCUCAGGGAAUCCACUACAAGCUCUCAGUGGCAGAUAGGGAAAUUGCGAAUCUGGAGCAGAGGAUGAAAGCGAAAGAUGCUGAGAUUGGGGAGUUGAAAGAUAAACUUCUCAAAGGAGAAAAAGAUCUCUCGCUGUGUGAAGAAAAGUCGAAAGAAAAGGGCAGAGAGAUUGAACGACUUGAAAAUCUUGUAGACACCCUCAAGCUAGGUGUGAAUCAGGUACUGAGAGCGUACGAGGGCAGCGCUGAUGGUGGCGGUCCCACAGAGCACCAACGACGGGGCAUGGAGUCGCUACGUCUGAUGGCACACCCAGAGCUUCUCAGAGAUGCUGAGGAUAAUCCUCCACGGCAGCAUGUACAAAGCAGAAACAACUUUCCCACCCAUGUUGCUCACGGCAGACCCAGCGGUAAUAAGUCACGGCCCAGACCAGAAAUAUCUGACCGGAGACUUGAUCCUCAUGAUUCUCGCUUCGAUCGAUUUAUGGAUGACGGACGGAGAGACUGGAGCAGACGACAGGAAUCCCACGAGGCCUUCAGACAUAGACGUCGCCACUCUGGAGGCAGCACAGCUGACUUUGAGCAUAGAGGAAGAUACCUGACCAGUCAAGCUUUGGAGGAGCACAACAGGCAAUUGUCUCCCUUCGAUCGAUCAUUGUGGCGGAGUUGGAAUGAAGGCCCGGUUGCUCCCCUUCCUGCUGGUCAAGAGCCAUACUUUUCAGACUCUGAGAUUGUUGUGAACAACAGGGACAGUCGAAGAAGGAGUGCCCACCGGGACAGAGAAGAGGUGUACCAUGAUCUUCAGCACGAUUCUCUUUCUCGUAGACGUUCUCACAAGUCUCAGGACAUGAGCUCAGGGAGGCAUUUGUCUCAGGCGUCACAUUCAGGACGGAGACUGUUUGAUCACAGUGGGGCUCGCGAUUCACAGAGAGAUCUGCAGGAGGAAUUUGAGAACAGAACAAGCGAUGAAGGAUGGCAAGGUGAAAGGGUGGAAAAGUUUUCCCGGUCAUGGGAUGGUAGUAGGAGGCGUGGUGACCAGGUUCAGAGACGUGUUGAUGGUUUCAGUGAAAGGCAGCAUGUGGAAAGAAGAGGGAGUGAAUCGGAUAAGAGAAUAGGAAAUGGCCAGUUUGAGGAGUUUGAUGAUGGGGAAUAUCAUUCCUUGCCAUCUCGUGAGACUGCGUCGCAGCAGAUGCCAGCGAGGGAUGUGAAGUUUCACUCUGCGCCAUCACGUGGUGCUACUUCUUACCGGACACCUGCAGCACGUGAUGUAAAAUAUAAUUCGGUGCCAUCAAGGGGGGCUGCCUUGCGCCAGGGUCCAGUGCAUGAUGGUCAGUUUCGCUCUGUGCCUCAACGAGAGAAUGUGUUCCCCGAGGCGCUACAGCACGAUGCAAAAUUUCACUCUGUUCCAUUAAGGGGGAUGAGAGACAAGGAAAAAGACCGACUGCACCACAGCGCUCCUGAUCGCUUGGACAAACAAGAUAGGUCUAAGUGGCGUGACCUUUCUCAGUCCCUGCCAAACAGACACGUUGAAUUUGUUGAAGAUGUCAAUGAUGCUUAUGAAGCAGAUUCUGCAACUCUAGAAUCACAGACUUUGUCACGUUGUGUCUCGGAGCAGAGUGAAGGGAGCGAACAGCAGUCUUUACUCCACGAUCCUCGCUUGUCAGGCCAGGUUACUUUGGAUACAACAAAGGACAGUGGGAGCUUACAUGCACAAAACAGAUUCACAGUCGAGGGACAUCAGUCCGAUAAACAUGCAAAGUACUCAUCCUCCAAACCGCCAUCUUCUCCUGGCAGAAAUGUCUCUCAGCGACACUCAAGUUCAUUCCCCGAGGCUGCAGUCCAUGACACCGUACCCUCAUCAACUCAAAAGAAAUCGUUCUCGUCUUUGAAUCCCAUGAGCUUCUCUCGCACAUCAACUGAUCAAGUAAAGCUGACUGGUAAUCGUUCUGGUAAAAGUGAUGAUCUCUCAGCCUCUUUUCCUACUGUGUCAAAUGAUAAGCCUGGUUUCAGUGACAGUGGAGAUGCUAGAGAUGCUACCGCAAGGUCAUUGGGCCAUUAUCAAAGCCAUCACCAUGACGAUGCAAGCCGCAGCGGCCAUGAUGAGGAGCUUAAGUUCAUGUCUCUUAGGUCCGAGCCUGCCUCAUAUACCCACAGUGAUCAUGAAGACAGUGGCAAGUGUAGAGGAAGCCAUAAAGAACACAGCAGCCAACAACAGAUAUCACAUGCAAGUUCUUCACGAUCGCCAAAGUCGAGUGGUCAGUCUGGCAAAAGAGAUUUCCUGUCAGCCUCCUAUCCGUCCAUGUCAAAAGCUCAAUUCUACCCCGGUGACCGUGGAGGUGCUGGACAACUCUCCACCAGAUCUGUGGGCGGCAGUCAUUUCCAACAACACCGUGAUGCAAAACUCAGCGGUUAUGAUGAUAAUGAUCCCAAGUUCAUGACUUUACGGUCCGAGCCUGCUGGUCAUACGUAUAAUGAUCAUGAGUACAGUAGUCGGCGCGAACACAGUCGUGAAGAUCGGGGUGGCCAACAGAACACACCACAUACAAGCUCUAAAAGAUCUUCGAAGUCCCACCCUAGGCACUCCUCCACGCAGGCAAAUCCUGUGCCGGCAGUAAGAACAUUCCGUCUGCAGGAUGAUACUGAAGAAUCCCGACAUUCUCGUGGUAAUGUAGUCACAUUUCAAGAUCCCGAUGAAGAAAUUGAUGACAUUUUUACUAGUGUCGCUCCCGAGUUUGGGUCUGCACUCCUGUCUGGCAGAUCGAGUGUCCCCAACCAAAGCUCACCGGUUCGCUUGUCUGACAUUUCUUUGUCGCGCCGCGCAACGCUGGGAAGUGAGAAUGUCUCUCAACGGGAUUUUUUCCAGGGGACUGAACUCUCCGCGUCGCUCAGCUCCAUAUCGGAUACAGAGGUUCAACAGGGCCAAGGCAGAAACAACAACAAUAACGACGGAAAUUCCAGUUUUGACGGGGACUCGUUCUCCACAGGUAUAGCGACUCUGGACGCGAAGAUCGCCAAACUGCAGGCAAAAAUCAACCACACAAAGGCUGUGUUUUCGUGAUUGUUUUUUCUCAAUAUGGUCCUGGAAACUCUGUCUUCUAUCUCAGAAACUUUUGUUGAAUUCAAAAGGUCAGACAAUUGUAGGGUCAGAAGCACUUUGUCUUUUUUGUCUAGAUGUAUGGCACAUGCACACUCACACAGGUACUCACAUGCACACAUGCCCAAACAUACAAUCACACAGAUAUACGCUCUCACAAACACACACACUCAUCACAGACACACACACAUACACAAGCUAUAGUUUUGAUGAAUAUUUCAUUGUUUUUUUUUAUUCUUCUCUUUUUUUACAAAGACCUCUUAUAUCUCAAACUUUUAUUGUAAAAAUUUCCCUUAAGAGGCAUAAUAUUUAAGGAGCAGUCGCAAAGUACAAUCAUAAAAUGCUUUAAAACUUUAUGUAAUUUUCCUCGCUUUACCCAGAGAUGUGAACAGGUGCCUGGCAAGGACAGCGAAGGUCUUGACAAAAGUUGAAGUUUGAGUUUUUGCUAAAUGGCAGCUUGAAAUGAUCGUUUCUUUAAAACUGAGAAUAUUUCAGAAUGUGAGAGUGUCUGUUUAGAGUAACAAUAAGUUGUAAAGAGCAUAGUGGAAUGUGUGCUAUAUGAAUGCAAUCUACAAACUGUCUCUAAAGUCUGAACACACAGGAAAUUUCAUUUACUACAAAUUGAUGGCAGUGUGAAGUUUUGCAUUGAGUUCAUGUGUAUCUGGCAAAGUGCAUCGGCCCUUGCAGUACAAAAGGAGGAAAUCAUUGGAGAUGUUAUUUGAUUCUAACUGAAAAUGUAAUUAUGCAUUUCUUGAAAAUACUGUGUGUAUAUUAUUUUGCCUAUGUGUCCAGACUUUAACAACAUCCUGUAUUAUCUAGUCUUGUAAAAGAUCUUGAGAUGCAUGGGGAUAUUUUGUACAAAAUGUCUCCCUUGAAACAAGUGCCUUUUAUGCACAUUAUGAGCUGAGUAAGAGUCUUGGCUAUGGUGUGAAUGAUUAGAGUUCAAAUCUUUGUUCUAGCUUCUAUGAACCCAGUCUGCACAGAGAGUACAACUCUCCACCACACCCUACUUGCUACUCUAGGAAAUACAAAUAAAGAAGUCUUGCCUUUUAAAUCUUAUAUCAUUGUCCUGAAAGGGAGGUAGAACAUAGACUCGUCAAGUUGCCUGUUUAACAUAUUUCUGGCCGAAAACUAAUUCUACUGCUGUUUCUUUGAUUUUAUUUGAUCUUAUCUAAGAACGCACAAUUUUGCUUUGGGCUUUCAAUAAAGUGAAGACAUCUGACCAUUUGUAUAAUGGACACCUUCACUGAGAUUCUGAAAUUCCUACAGCUGUCAAAGUGAAAAUCUCCAUACGUGAAAAUGUUUUACUGCAUGUGUUAUUUUUUUCUUAUUUAUAGUUCUUAAAUUAAAAAAAAAAGACCUUUCUGCAAUCUUGUGCAAUCUCUAAUAACAGUUAAUGAACACUUACAAAAGGGUGUUGAUUACUUCAUGGAGGCAAAGAUAAAACAUCUUCCUUCCUCUCUGGACUCUCCUGUUGUGUGGUGAUAUUGUACUGAACAUUGAAAAAACAAAAGAAAAACAGGGCUCUCAUCAAAAUACUGUGGUAUAUUUAUCUAUCAAUAUCAUAUGCCGUCCAUUUUGUUUCCUGCGAAGAAUAUUUUUCUGUAAUACAUUGUAUUAUGUAUUGUAUAAGAUUUUUAGAAAGCUGUUUUGAUACGCAUUUUUCUUUGUUGGUAAUGAAUAAAUACAGCAAUGACACUAUGUUAUUAUAUCAGGGUCA